UGUUAUCACAAUGUUUUUAGUCGUCUAUGUGAAGAGCAAAUAUUCUCACAAGUGUUCACGAUGAAAUGUGUGUGUGUGUGUGUGUGUGUGUGUGUGUGUGUGUGUGUGUAUGUGUGAGUGUGUGUGUGGGUGGGUGUGUGUUAUUUCUUCACACUGUCAGAUCAGAAGUGUGUCAUAAUCGCACCAGUGGUGUUUACUGGUUCUUUCCUGUAACACAGGCAAACUUUGUAUUCUGGUCAGGAAGUGACUGUGUGUUUGUGUAUGUGUGUGUGUGAGAGAGAGAGAGAGAGAGAGAGAGAGAGAGAGAGAAAGAGAAAGAGACGAGAUGGCGGAGACACAGAGCUUCGUGGAGGUGGAUUUGUCCUUUCUCAAAUCUAAACGAGGUUUACUGAAAAUCACAGAACUGGUGGUACUGUUCGUGGCGUUUGUGUGUUUUGCGGUGGCUUCCCGGCCGCCCUACAUCUCAGCCACUUGUAUGGAGUUCAUCAUCACGCUCGCUCUGCUCAUCCUCUACCUCCUGAAACUCCACAAAUCUCUCAGCUUCUUCUUCUGGCCUCUGAUAGACGUCUUCAACUCCUUCUUUGCUGCAUUAUUCCUGUGUAUUAUCAGCCUGGUGGCCGUGUCCACAUACACUACCACGGGCACUUUAGUGGGAGGGAUCAUGGGUUUUGUGGCUGUGGUGUUGUGGUGUGUCGAUGGUUAUUACAUCCUCAGGAAAAUCACCUUUAACCAGAUGAUGAAUUCAGUACCUCAUUAACACUGUUACAGGAAAUCUGUACAUCAGUUUAACACACACACUUUACACAUACACAUGUCUAUAAACUAUACACUCUCUCUCUCUCUCUCUCUGUCUCUCUCUCUCUCUCUCUCUCUCUCUCUCUCUCUCUCUAUAUAUAUAUAUAUAUAUAUAUAUAUAUGUAUAUAACAAUUUAUAUGAAUAUAAUGUGUGUUAUGGAGUAUUAAAAACUUGUGGAAAAUGUCCUACACUGAAAAUAUCAUGUUUGAUCUGACUAUAAUAAAAAUAUUUUAUGUAAUGUAAAUAUAUUCCAUAUUAGUUUGAGCAUUGAGUGUUAUUUUAUACUUUACUGAGCUUUAUAUGAGACUUUUGUUAACACAUUUGUCCCUCGCUGCUGUACACACUGCCAAUAAAAGCAUUCAAACA